AAAAAUCGGUAUGCUGUAUGUCUACUUGACUUGAAGUUAUUGAAAUUUAUAAAGAUUGAAAUUUAAGUCAAGCGUUUAUUUGGCAACAUCGCAUUUUCUCUGCAACUUCUAACUUCAUUAUACAUUUAACCUAACCUUAUUGACGUUAUUUUAAUUUAUUUAACCCUACAUUUCUUUACAUCGAUUGCGCGAAAAUUGGUGAUCGGUUUUUUGCUGCUCGCAUUAGAAUUAAACAGAAAUGCCCCCCAAAAAGGCUACACAAGAGCAAUACCAGCUUCUAGUGGAGCAGGUUGGAGAAUCUAGUUGUUUGAAGUGGGGAAAGGGUACUCUUGAUCAAAAAAAGGAAGAGUGGAGCAGGAUUGGUGCAGUUCUUAAUUCUGUAGGAGGAGUGGAGAAAACUCCUGAAGGUUGGAAAAAGGCAUUCGUGGAGAUGAAAUCGCACAUAAAAUCAAAAAUUAGGAAUGGUAAGGAUUUAAAUGCCAUUGAAAAGAAAUGUGCCGAAAUUGCUGGAUUGAAUGUGUUAUGCAGCGGCAUGAGCUCUGUUGAAGAGUUGGGAGUGGAGCCGCAGGGAAAAUCAGAGGAACCCCUUCAAGAUGAAGUUGCUGAGGAGACUGUGGAGGAGAAUGUAAAGGAAAAUAAUGCUGUAAAUGUAAAUGACGAAGACGCCGAUAGAGAAACAGGCUCACAUGAUGUUCCCGUUACUUCAAAAUCAAAAUCCAAACCAAAAUCAACAUAUUUAUUAUUAAAUGAUCAUCUGUCCUCGACAAAUGAAGGGCUACGUGAAAUAGCAACAGCUAUACACUCGGUGGCAGAUGCACUGAAUAAUAUUGCUGUUGCUAUUUCAAUUAGACAGCAAUAGUUUCAAAAUAGGCUUAAUUUUGUAAAUAUGUUUUGAGGUUCAGUUGUGUGAUAUUUAAUAUAAAUUUGUUCACACCACUGAAACUAGUUUCAAGUUAUAACAUACCAUAAUCAUUGGCUAUAAAUUAUUAAAUACUCUACCAAUUAUGUU